AUGUUCUGGUGCUACUUGAUUCUUCCUGUUUCAAUGACUGCAUCUAGUAAGAAAAGACAGUGUGAAAAUGAUGUAGCAAAUCCAGCUUCAAAGUGUGUGCGCUUUGCAGCUGACUCGUCACCUGAAAUCAAGGAUGAAACCAGAGAAGAGCCUCUUCUUGUGUUAACUCAAAUCUAUGAAAUACCAAAAUAUCAGACAAAUUUCACAUUCAUCAAACCUGAGGAACCUUCUUCUGAUGAUUUGACUGAUUCUGAUGCAGAAGACUCAUUGAUUUGUAAAGAAUGUGUGUGUUCCGCUGAUUCUGAUGAUAAUUGCGUUGCAGUAGAAGAAAAACAGGUGUUUAACACCGAUCAAAGAGAGUUUCUGACUGUUGUAGUGGAGUAUAAUGCAGCUAGAACCAUGUAUUAUAUCAGAUCAAGUAAGUUAUUGGAGAAAAUGGGUGAUAAAAAGAGAAAAGGUGAGCUCAAUGAUUCAGAACGUGAACAGGUACAGAAUUUAUUAUUUGAAAGUCGCAUUUUAUUACUGGAAUAUCACAAAUUGCUUGAUUUGGAGGACAGGUUGAAGCUAAAAGGGUAUAUUUCAAACAGAGAUAAGUUCUUAAUAUCUGGUAUAAUCAAUACAGUACUCAAGUUGCUGAAGUGA